GGAGGUUGUUAAUCAAUGGGUACAAGUGUUUAGUCGUACAUCCAUUCUUAGCUGAUCCUGAACCUUGUCCAGGAGCAAUACCUAUUCAAACCAAAUUUCUUCUUCUAACUGGCGGACAAAACAAUGCCAGUGUUUGACUUUGAUGAAGAGUCCUUUGCAACCGACUUCAGGAGUUGUAAUGUAGAGGAUAAUGAUCCUUUGCAAGAAAUAGAUGGACUCGAAGAAGAGUUCGAGCCACCACAGAGCUACGAGGUAGAAGAUAGUGGGAACUUCACGCAAGCAAGGAACAUUCAUAGAAGGAGAUCGUCGGUUUACAGUCGAUUAUCAAUUAAGUCUGGGGGAGUGGGAAGUUAUGGUGGAGGAAGUCAUAGCCAGGGCCAGGGCCAUAGUCAUGGAUCAUAUACAAAUGAAUUGAAAAUUCCAAUGAAUUAUGAUAAUUCCAAACAUAAGCUGAAGAAAUUACUUUCAGAUUUCAAGCCACUUCGUGUUUUGGGACAAGGUGCAUAUGGAAAAGUUUACCUUGUGCAAGAUACUAGUACUGGGAAAUUAUUUGCACAGAAGCAAUUAAGGAAACCAACUAUUAAUAUUACCAACCAACCUGAAGAUUUCCAUGCCAAACAUAUAGCAAGAACUAUUUCAGAGAGAGAGAUUUUAACCAACAUUACCCAUCAUCCAAAUAUUGUAAAACUUUUCUAUGCUCUUCAAGAUCAUGAUAAGUUUUAUCUUAUUUUAGAAUAUAUCCCAGGAGGAGAACUUUUCCAUCAUUUAACAUCAUCUAAAAAUUCAUUAGGCAAUGUAUUUAAGGAAGAUCAUGUUGCGUUUUAUGCAGCACAAAUGGCAUUAGCUUUAAAGCAUCUACAUGAAUUAGGGAUUGUUUAUAGAGAUCUUAAACCCGAAAAUUGUUUACUUAAUUCAUUUGGAAACUUAGUGUUAACUGAUUUUGGACUUUCCAAAUCAAUUGGAGAAGAUCAAGAAGAUGAAAGUUGUACAUCAAUUAUUGGUACUCCUGAAUACAUGGCACCAGAAGUGUUAAAGGGAGAAGAAUAUGAUUUUAAAGUAGAUUGGUGGUCUUUAGGUUGUGUUGUUUAUGACAUGAUGUCGGGGAAACCUCCAUUCACGGGGAAUUCUCACAAGGCUAUUCAAGAUAAAAUCAUAAAGAAUAAGUUAAAAUUACCAUAUUACUUCACAAUGGAUGCAAAGGAUAUUUUAAAUAAAUUAUUAAACAAAAAUCCAGAAAAGAGAAUGUCGGUUGAUUCUCAAUGGGAAACAUUUAAACAACACCGAUUUUUCCGCAAAAUUGAUUGGAAAAGUUUGGAAAAUCAACAAGCAACUCCUCCGCUUGUACCGGUUAUAACUGACCCAAGUCUUGCCGAAAAUUUUCUGGAGGAAUUUACCGGCAUGAAAUUAAGUUUAAAUGAAGGAUUAGAUAUUCCAAAAACUUUUAACAGUGCUAAUGAUGAAUUUAAGGGAUUUUCUUAUACUGCUUCAGAAAGUUUUAUAUCCAAAUAUAUAGACUAAUAAGAAAGAUAACAAGAUAAUAGGAGAGCAUUAUAUAAGAUUUGAAUUUAUUCUAACUACAGAG